ACUUUCCGUCUGCGCCUGGAGCGCUUUGAUUCAUUUUCCGAUGCGGGGACGCAGGCGUCAUGGUCGUCCACACCUUCGUCGGCAAAUCGGAACCGGGAUAAUAUUUCAGCAUAAAGGAGGGAUGCUUCUUGAUUCUGGAAAUCAAGAUAGCGAUAUUGGCGACGUUGGACGUGACGGACAGCAACCGGCACCUAACAAGACAAAUAGUGCUUCAGAAAACCAGAGUUCAGAGACGGCGCGUGCACAGGCGCACCUUCACCCAUCUGCGGGAGAGCAUUCGACCCCGUCAUUAGAUAGAAGCAGGCCUCCUGGUUUCUCAACUUUGCUGCUCGGACCCACCUCGAUUAUUGAUAUCGUGCCUGUUAUAGUGACUGCUUCCUUGAGCAACCCCUCGGCUCAAGCGAGCAUCUCAUCAGUCCAGCCGUCACCGACCAUCGGCUCUUCUUCGAGCUCUUCAGAUUCUGUGUUGUCCUCCUCAUUCCCCACUUCACAAGGUACAACCCGGCCGUCGAACAUCGCAUCGCCAGUUUCCAACGUCAACACAAGUGGUCAUUCGGCUGAGUUCUACGGGGGAAUUGUGUUCGGUGCAGUAGUCGCUUUAGCUUGUCUUAUCUCGUUCGUAACAUGGCUGCUGAAAUCUCGGCGGAAAAAGCCCCUUUGCUGUGGCGGCGGUCGAGACGAUGAAGACGUCGAGAAUCAAGACCUUGGGUAUGGACUGGGAUUAUAUAUGGAUAAGCCCAUAAACGACUUCGAUUCGUCCAAAGUCUUUCCGACACCAUUUCCAGAGUCAACUCGCAUUAAUUCUCAGCCAGGCACCACAACACUUCCUACCUUUAAUGAUAUCACCAACUCGCCAGGGCGUUAUCCAUCUCCCACCAUGCGACCAGUAGCUGCUCAUUUACUCACCAGUGAUACCAUUACGGGCCCAGAUAGACUAUUAGGUCCAUUGCAGAUCAAGAAUUACGUGUCGGGAGACCUCCCAAGUUCUGGUGACGAAGCCGUUGUCCACCCGAAGAUUGGCUCGGAGCUGGAAGCUCCAUGCGAGCGGCACGCUAGCGUGCCGCCACGUUUCCCAGGUCUCGAAGAGCAAGGCUUAAGCUCUCCAUGGCCUCCGCUAAACAUCAAGUCUACGCGUGGACCGAACCAAGUGAGCGUCGCACAUACGACCGUGAAGAAGGGUGAAGAGGUGCAAGCUGGAGGUGUGGAAGACGACUUUCGGCCUCUACCGACGCCGGCCUUUGGCUACUCAAUAGCCCCCAAAGACGACGGAAUAAGCAGUCCUGAUACAUGGGGUGCAACGCUUCGAUCUAGCAUCUACACCGCCUUGUCCGGCCUUGCAGGUUCCACUUCGAAACCUGAAGAGGAGAAGCCAGAAACUUCGCAAUCAUAUGGCUCUUGUUCAAAUCGUUGGCGUAAUGUUCUACCCAGCAAGUCAACAACGUUUGAUGUGCUGGCAGCGGAAUUACGAUAUGAAGACCUCUACGAUAUGAAGACAAGGCCGAACGCAGACGCCAUUGGCCUAUCGCAUAUGAAUUCCGGGCAUGAUGCUGUAGGAAUUAACGCCGUCGGGCUCGGAAUGAAGGCGAGUGGCAAAGAUCUUGGUGCACAUGCUGCACAUGCUGCAUCCAGUGAAAAUACCGCUCCUUUGAAGUUGUCUACGAGGCGGCCGAUCAAGGCUCGGAGCAAGCUGCACUCCACAAGUGUGCAGUCUGCGCCGAUGUCACGCGCCAGUAGUAGCUAUUCGACGGAUUCCAGAACCGUCAGAAACUUCAGCAUGCAUACUCCGAAAGGCUUGAAACGACAUAGUGUGGGUCCGCAGUCGUCCUCUAUCGCAGGCCGCCGACCAGAGUUCUUGCGGAAACCUACGGCUGCCUCUUCUACGUCCUUCAGUUCGGAGGCGUCCGAAUCGUCGAAGGAUCUGACUGAUGAGGAGAUGCGAGCGAAACGCACGAUGAUGCUCCGCGCACGCAGGAAGCGCGGAAUGGGGAUGAAUAUCAGCACGAGGCGGCGCGUAACGAGAAACACCGUACUCAGGAGGCAGUCAUCAAAGAUUAGUGUCGUCAAAGUCUGAGGGGGGAGUUGAAACGCCCGGAAUAUGGAUUAUCGCCUGAAAUUGAUAUUUGAACUCAAUUACUGUGACACCGCCGAAACAGUCACCAGACAGCAUUUUGAAAGUGCUCUGCAAUCCCAAGACAUGUUCUACCGAAAAAAACAUUUGACUAUCACGUAGCGCUUGUCGACCCGUUUCUCUCCAUGUACCGGAUACCGGACACGCUUCAUUUCCAAUGCCAGAUGUUCAUUGUUCUCCUCUGCCAAUGUAUGCUUGGACGUAGUGUGAAAGAGUAGCAACGCUAAUAAUGAUCCACACGUCUGAGGCGGCAGUC